AAGUUGUUUUCAGUUAGAAGUUAUAUUUAUUGUAUUUUUUUAACCAAUUAUGGCUAAAGAUUUGAUUUUUUAUCUUAGUAUUUUUUAAGAUAAUUUUUUCCUGAUCUGAGCUGCGGAUUUCCGGCCAAAAUUAAUUUUCUGUUUUUCAAAUGAAAAUGAUUGCUUUUGUAUAUGGUUUCUUCCCUCUCUUCCAAGGAGUUUUCGUCCCACUUUUAUGAACGUUGAAGUGAUUGUUUGUCUUUUCUGUCUUGCCUUUUUUUUUUGUUUUUUUUUUUUUUUUCGUCUUUUUCCUUUCUGGUUUGGGCUACCAGUUUAGAUUUUCGUUAGGAAAAAAACUAGUCCAUUUUUAUUUUCUUUCUGGGUUUUGUUUUAGAGUUUAGAGUUGCAAGUUUUUUAAUUUAAUAAUUUGUUAAACGUUGAGGGAAGUGUUAAGCUUGAGGUUAUUUCCGUUUAUAUUUGAAGGAACCUCUAGUUUUUAACGUAAUUACUUUUCCUUCCUUUAUCUUCUACUACUUGGAAUGGAUUUCUAGUUUGGGUAGACGAAGAAUAUCGUUGUUAGCGGUGGUUGUGGUUUUAAAAUGGAAGCAAGAGAAGGCAUGAACACGGGAGUUACUGUAAUAGGAGCAGAAGCUCCGUCAGCUUAUCAUGUAGCGCCGAGGACCGAAACUCCGAGCCAGAACCAGGCUGCUGGGUCCCCAGCAUUGACUGCGGCUUCACCUGUGAGCGUGGAAUUGGCCGGAACAACGGGAAAGAAAAAGAGAGGUAGACCAAGGAAGUAUGGACCGGAUGGGACGGUCACUAUGGCGUUGUCGCCGAUGCCAAUUUCAUCUUCUGCUCCACCUGGAGGCGACUUGUCAGCCACGAAGCGUGGAAAAGUGCGACCCAGUGGUUUGGAGUACAAGCAGCAUAAGAAAGUGGGAAUGCAAAAUUUUGGAGAGUGGAAUGCAUGUUCCGUUGGUACAAAUUUUUUGCCCCAUAUCAUCACUGUCAAUGCUGGGGAGGAUGUCACAAUGAAGGUUAUAUCAUUUUCUCAGCAAGGACCUCGAGCUAUUUGCAUCUUAUCUGCUAAUGGAGUAAUUUCAAAUGUUACACUUCGUCAGCCUGAUUCUUCUGGGGGUACUUUAACAUAUGAGGGUCGUUUUGAGAUACUUUCUUUGUCUGGAUCUUUCAUUCCUACUGAGACUCAAGGAACAAGGAGCAGGUCAGGUGGGAUGAGUGUCUCUUUGGCAAGUCCUGAUGGUCGUGUUGUUGGGGGAGGGGUUGCUGGACUUCUGGUUGCUGCUAGUCCAGUGCAGGUCGUGGUUGGUAGUUUUCUACCUAGCAGCAAUCAGCAUGAGCAGAAACCAAAGAAGCCGAAGAAUGAGUCCAUCCCUGCUAUUGUAACACCAGCUACUACCAUUGCUGCUAUGGUACCUGCUUUUAAUGCGGAAAAUGACGAAGGCCUGAGAGGAAAUGGACAGCAAAAUUCUAGCACCCCAAGGCCAAACCUUGGCUUCCAAAGAGAAAACUGGCCGAUCAUGCAUACUGUGCAGGACUAUAGAAACUCCGGAACUGAUAUCAAUAUAUCCUUACCUGGAGGUUAACCUGAUAAGCUGCAAUAAAGUAUUAUCUUCAAAGUUCUUGCUGACUCUAUUGUUCCUUGAUCUUGGUUUUUCUAAAAGUACUGAAGUCUUACCCUUCAAAUUUGUAGAUCAAUCUUUGAAAGUUAUUGAUUGAUGUAACAGUUUCUGAACUUCCAACUAAGUUCAUACGUUUGUGAUCAGGUAGGACAGCUGAUUUGUAGGCUAAUUAUGUAGGAUGGUAUGAGCAGGUUCUUUUUAUGUAAUUGCAACUGGUUUCCCUAUAUUUAACUAAAUUGAUCAGUGAUGCCUUUUCCAAA